AUGGGACUUCUAGGUAGUAUUAUGCAAGUGUUCAUUUUAACUACUGUAUCCCAUUAUCGAAAGACUCCGUGUAUGUUUUAUUUUAUUAUCGCUUCCAUACAUGAAUGUGGUCAGUUUAUGACUGCAUAUAUUCCACGUGUUGUCGCUAUAUUUCUAAAUAUUGAUUUGACCCGUAUUUCUAUCGUUUGGUGCAAGAUUCGUUAUGUUUUUCUUGCAACUUUUAGUACCAUUCCUUUGACUUUUGAAUGUUUGGCUACUAUGGAUCAAUAUCUAGUCACAUCCCAAAAGGUCUGGCAUCGUCAGCUAAGCAAUAUGAAGCAUGCAUAUCGAGCUUCUUUAUCUGCUGUUAUUAUCUGGUGGCUUCAUGGUACUCUUUGGUUAUAUUUUCAAGACAUGUCACCAAUUACAGGUGUUUGUAUUUAUACCAAUACAGCGUCUUUUAUUUAUACAGUAGUAUUCAUUUGUAUUAUUAUUUGUGGCAUGCAUAUUUCAAUUAUGAUGAUAUUUGGAAUUUUAGCUUAUCGAAAUAUAAGAAAAACGACUGCUCUCGCCCGUUUACAUGCUGAUCGUCAUUUGCUGCUCAUAGUUUUCACUCAAGUCUUGCUAACUUUUGUUGGUCUUAUUCCGUAUACUGUGUAUUCUGCUUAUGCACUUAUUACGAUCAAUAUGCAUAAGAAUGUUGAUCAAAUAGCUAGGGAGACUCUUGCUGCUAAUGUCACUUAUCUUUUUGGCUCAAUCACUUAUGGAGGACGAUUCUAUCUUUUCAUGUUUUCAUCAUCUCGUUUUCGUGAUACAGUUAAAAGUCGAAUUUUAUGGUGGCGGCGAGAACAACGCAUCGUUCCUUUGGCAUGA